AUGGCAAACCUAACCUUCUCAUUGUGCUCUCUUGGUUUCUUCUUCUGCUUCAUCAUGUGCUCCAGUUACGUACAUGGAAAAACAUGGUGUGUGGCUCAAACCCAAGCUCCAGAACCAAAGUUACAAGAAGUUCUUGACUACCUUUGUGGACGAAUCAACUGUGGGGAUAUCCAACCAGGAGGUUCAUGCUUUGACCCUGAUACUGUGCGAAACCAUGCAUCCUAUGCUAUUGAUAUGAACUUUCGAACUAAUGGCGAAUGUGAUGGAAGUUAUGCUGUUAUCGCUGUGACAGAUCCUUCUUAUGGGGCAUGUGGCUAUCCAUGAAAGAUAAAAGGCAAUGAAUACUUUUAGCGGUCAAUAAAUGAAAUGUUAAAAUGAAGAAUAUGUUUUUAAUUUUGAGUGGAA